CUUGGACACACAUCCAUGCUUAAUAGUUCUUCAUUUCGAUUUUCGAUCUCUUCUCUAAGUAAAUAGGGCAUUUCACACUCUUAACACAAGCUCGCAAUUACACACAGUCUGAGAUUAGAGAUUUAAUUUCCUCUAGCAAUGGCAGACCCUUCCGCCUCUACCCCUCCAGUCUCUACUCCUCCCGCCUCUACCCCUCCUGCCUCUACCCCUCACAUUGAUAAACCCCAAGAGUUCAGUAGUGGGGUACAGGAGAAUAAUCCUUUGGAGCCCGUUCCACCAUUUCAAAGCGGUGAAGGUUUGCCUUAUGCUCCUACAAAUUGGCCAAAUCCUGGUGAUACUUGGGGUUGGAAGGUCGGAAGGAGGUUCAGCACUUUCGGGUACUAUACUGAUAGAUUUUUGUAUCUUCCAAGAAGUCUUCACAAGCCCAGCAUUCCGAAACAGUUCGCAAGCAAGCUAGCAGUUGAACGUUAUAUUCGGUCUGAAUUCCCAGAUGCUGACAUUGAUGCAUUUUGGGCCUCUUUCAGUUGGAAGGUCCCUGCACUGAAGAAUUUAACUGGAGUGGAAGCUACACCACCAAGUGUAGCGAAGGUUACCCCACCGAGUGCAAUGUAUGUUACCCCGCUGAGUGCAGUGUAUGCUACAUCGCCGAGUGCAGAGAAGGCUGAAGAAGAAGGCAAAGAAGAAAACCCUGUUGCUACGAAUAGAAAAAGGAAACAUACAGCAGCUAAAUCAUUAGGUGAUCGACGAACUCGACAGUCUCUUCGACAGGCAGUCCCAGCUACUAAAGAUACAAGUGGAGUAAAUGGAAAUGAAGAGUUAACAUCAAAUGGUCCAAGAAAAGAUAUGAAGAGCACAGCUGACUUUGAGGAUGAUCAACCUGACAAUGGUUCAUUUGCUGGAAGCGAUUCGCCAUCUGAAUGUGUGCCUGAGGACUUCAAUAACUAUCUUGAUUCUUUGGUUGACAAUCUUGCCCAUCCUGCAACCGGUAAUUCUCUUGCCCAAGAAAAUGAAUUGGCUCAAAAUCAAAUCCCCCACAAUGAGGCCAAUGUUGCUUCCCUCGAUAAAGAAAAGGAAAAAUUUACCCAGCAGCUUCAGGCAGAAAUAAAUUCCAACUUAUCAGCCGUCCAAGAAAUUGAUAAGCAAAUUGCCCAGCUUCAAUCCCAGCGAGCAACGCUUAUAAGAACAAUCGAGACUAAGAAGGGUUUAAUAGCUAAGUUAGCCAUUGCUGAGCAGAAGGUGGCAAAAGAUACUCAGGGAUGACCGAAUCAAGUUGAGUUAAAACUCCAAAAAUCCUGAAUGAAAGCUGAAGAAAAUGAUUGCAGGGAAGCAAGAGAUAGAAGUCGUUGCUAAAGUAGAUCCAGCUAAUGUUUUUGCAGCUUAGACUGAUUUUCUGAUGAUGAUGUUGCUAUAGCUUUAUUGUGGAUGGAACUUUUGAUUUCAUUGCUAUGCAUCCAUCUCGUGUUAAAUUAUGAUGUACUUGGAAACUCUUCACUAUGGACCAACUGAUUCCUGAAAAUACUGUUAUCUUAC